AUGGCAUCAUCUCCAAUCUCCCCAGAGACAUUUAAGGUUCCACCCACCCCUCAUUCCCCAAAUUCCAAAUUCCCUGUCAUUGUGUAUAGAAACGCGCUGGAGAACAAAACAGUUGAAGGCGCUUUAGAGGCGAUCAACACCUCGGAGUGGGUCAAAGGGGGUCACUGGAAGAUCGCCAACGAAACACUCGCAGCUACCCCCCACUAUCAUUUGACGACACACGAGGCGUACACUGUCUUACAUGGCAGCGGCACAUAUGUUCUUGGAAAAUCUCCUUUGGACGCAGACACCGAUGAGUUCGGCAACCCUGUGGGUGUCGAGUUUGUUGCUCGUGCUGGGGACGUCUUUGCAUGGCCAGGAAUCUGA